GGCCUGUGCCCCGGAAGCAGUUGUUCGCUGAGAGUCUUUGGUCCCGUUUAGGAGACUGCGUGGGUGUUGUCACCAUGUUCCUGUCCGCGGUCACUUUUGCCAAGAGCAAGUCAAAAACCAUUCUGGUGAAAAUGCUGAGCCAAGCUGGGACGGGUUACUCCUUCAACACUAAGAGAAGCCGACUACGGGAGAAACUGACUCUCUUGCAUUAUGAUCCAAUUGUGAAAGCAAAAGUCCUCUUUGUGGAACAGAAGAAAAUACGUUCCCUCUAAACAAUGGAUUGAAAACGAAUUUGAUUUAUAAAUGAGAAUACUGAGGGUGGGAUACUGAUUCAGAAAUUCUGCAGCGUGUAAUAAAAGAAGAGGAAAUGGCACGGAAUCACUGCCUCCUGUGAUUUGAGGCCAUUGUGAAGAAAAACAAUGUACUGAAAGAAAGUUCUUCAUAUUAGGACAUAUAUCAUUGCAUCACAUUUAUUUAUCUUUCUGGAUAUUUUUAUAGCCCUUAAUAAAAAAUAUUAAAAUAGCCUGUGCUAUUGUCUCUUGGUGAUGUUUUCCCCCAUUCUUUGAAAUAAAAAACAACUACAUUACUGAAGAAUAACCAUUGUUCGUAU